CUUUGGUCCAUCAGAGGAUUCAUGUGGAGUUAAGCCGUUGGAAAACUUUUCCUACUGAGAUAUCCAUGACAUUUCCCAGAUUACACUGACUCCAUUGGCCGGUGAAGCGCCCAACUCCCCCUGGCGUUGGUAGCUAAUUCAGCCUGCACGCUUUUAAAAGUUGUACCUUCGGAUGGGCCCCAGCCAUUAAUCUGGGGAGAGUGAGAGGAUUCCAAGAAUCAGACCAUGUUCAAGGCAGUGCUGAAGAAGAACAGAGACGGAGGGAAGGGGAGCAAGAAGGAACCAGCGGGUGAGCUCCACAUUGCACAGCGAAGGUGCCUGUCUGGCGGAGGUGCCCCCCAGACACAUGAGCCUGGAGGCCUCCACCGCCCCUACUCCCCAGAGGAUGUGUUCAGACUGAGCCUGGCCAAGGGCGUGUCCAUGUCUCUGCCCUCCUCACCCUUGCUGCCUCGCCAGUCCUACAUGAUGCCCUCGCGCUCUAGCAAGAGAUCCCCAGGUCCAAUCAGGAAGCCCAAGUAUGUGGAGAGCCCUCGUGUUCCUGGAGACGCCAUUAUCUCAGAGCUGAGGAAGGUGGCUGAUAGCAAGACAGAGUCCUCUCACAAUGCAGAGCUGCAAGCCGAGAAAGAGCCAAGCUCCUCCUCCUCCCCUGCCACUCAGGAGCUGAUGACAAGGCUGGGCUUCUUACUGGGAGAAGGGAUCCCAGGCACAGCUCGCAUACCUAUGGAAGACAAGAAUGAAAAGAAGUGCUCAGUGACUAGUCAGGGUAUCAGUCCCUGCUCCAGUCUGACCAGUAGCACGGCGUCCCCCUGCACAGAGAGCCCGUGCUCCACCCUGAACAGCAACGCCAGCCACAGCCUCAGACACAGCAGCAGCGGUCACAGCAAAACUCCUCUGAGUCACUCCAGCCCCUGUGGAACCAUUGCCAGCCCCAGCUCCACGCUCGAGAGCAAGGACAGCGGGAUCAUAGCCACCAUCACAAGCUCCUCGGAGAAUGACGACCGCAGCGGCUCCAGCCUGGAAUGGAGUAAAGAUGGCAGCCUGAGGAGCAGCGGGCACCAUGGCCUGGCGCCCAGCGUGCGGGCCGAUACGUGCUCUCCCGUGGCGGAGGAAGACUCCAGUGGGCCCCCAGAGACCCCCACCCCAUCUAGGACAGAGCACCCCACAGGCUCCUCAGCGGGGGCUGCAGGAGGAGCAGCAGUAAGACCAAGCCACCCACCAGAGGGCCCCGUUCCAUACCCCACAGCACACACCUCCUUGUCCCUCAUGUUGCCGCGGCCGAACUCUGUUGCAGCCACCAGUUCCACCAAGCUGGAAGACCUGAGCUAUCUUGAUGAACAGCGUAAUACUCCCCUGCGGACGUCCAUUCGGCUGCCCUGGCAUAACACAGGUGGGAGGGCACCACAAGACUCCAAAGCACGCUUCGCUCCCUACAAGACGGUGGACAUCAUGCUCAAGCCGCUGCUGUUCGAGGUGCCCAGCAUCACCACAGACUCUGUGUUUGUGGGCCGCGAUUGGCUCUUCCAGCAGCUGGAGGAUGUUCUGAAGGGCGACGGUUGCGAGGAGAGCCGCGGCGCCGUGGUUGUGGGCAAUGUGGGCUUCGGCAAGACGGCCAUCAUCUCCCGCCUGGUGGCACUCAGCUGUCACGGCGGCCGCAUGCGGCAGAUCGCCUCUAACAGUCCCAGCUCAUCGCCCAAAAAUGGUGGAGACCCCCAGAGCACCGACCUCCCCCUCAGCCAGCCCCCUCAGCCCACCCCUCCACCCAGCGCCACCAACACCAUGCGGAACAACAGCUGUCCCGGCACCCCUGAGGUCCAGAGACGCAAGGAGGAGGCCGUCAAACGCCUGGCCACCAAGGUGGUUGCAUAUCACUACUGCCAGGCUGACAACACCUACACCUGCCUGGUCCCAGAGUUUGUGCACAGUAUCGCUGCCCUGCUGUGCAGAGCGCACCAGCUCACCGCCUAUAGAGAGCUGCUGCUGAAGGAUUCCUAUCUACAGAGCAUGCUCAGUCUGCGCUCCUGCGUCCAGGACCCAAUGGCAGCCUUCCGCAGGGGUGUGUUGGAGCCACUGGCCAACCUCCGCAAGGAGAGGAAGAUUCCAGAAGAAGACCAUAUCAUACUGAUAGACGGGCUAAACGAGGCAGAGUUCCACAAGCCCGACUACGGAGACACCAUUGCCUCCUUCAUCACCAAGAUAAUCUCCAAGUUCCCCUCCUGGCUCAAACUUGUUGUUACUGUCCGAGUCAACCUACUGGAAGUCACCAGCCUCCUCCCCUUCUCCAAGAUCUCCCUAGAUGAUUUCCCAGAGAACAAGGAAAUCAACACGGACCUCAAUGCCUACAUCCAGUACCGCAUCAACGGCAGCAAAGACAUCAUGAACAACAUCUCCCUCAAUGGCAAGGCCGACCCCAUCAUUGUGGGCAAGGUGAGCAGCCACCUGAUCGCCCGCAGCCAGGGCUCCUAUCUGUACCUCAAACUGACCCUGGACCUGUUCGAGAGGGGCCACCUGGUGAUCAAGAGCGCUAGUUACAAGGUAGUGCCCGUGUCGCUGGCCGAGCUCUACCUGCUGCAGUGCAACAUGAAGUUCAUGACUCAGUCGGCGUUCGAGCGCUCGCUGCCCAUCCUGAAUGUAGCGCUGGCGUCUCUCCACCCGAUGAUGGACGAGCAGCUGUUCCAGGCCAUCAAUGCGGGUACCGUGCACAGCGAGCUGCCCUGGGACGACUUCCAGCAGCACAUGGAGACGUUGUCCUGUUUCCUCAUCAAGCGGCGGGACAAGACGCGCAUGUUCUGCCACCCAUCCUUCAGAGAGUGGUUGGUGUGGAGGGCAGACGGAGAGAGCACCAACUUCCUCUGUGACCCCAGGAGUGGACACGCACUCAUGGCCUUCAUGCUGUCGCGACAAGAAGGGAAACUGAACCGGCAGCAGACCAUGGAGCUGGGCCACCAUAUCCUUAAAGCACACAUCUUCAAGGGUCUGAGUAAGAAGACGGGUGUGUCUUCCAGCGUGCUGCAGGCCCUCUGGAUCAGCUGCAGCGCUGAUGGUCUCUCUGCAGCCCUGGCCUCUCUGAGGAACCUCUACACCCCCAACGUCAAGGUGAGUCGUCUGCUGAUGCUAGGCGGGGCCAAUGUGAACUACAGGACAGAGGUGCUGAACAACGGCCCGGUGCUGUGUGUCCAGUCCCACCUGGGCCACCAGGAGAUGGCUGGCCUGCUGCUGGAGUUCGGGGCUACCUUGGACGUGGUGUCCGAGAACGGCAUGAGCCCUCUCUGCUUCGCCUCGGCUGCCGGACACUUGGGUUUAGUCAGCCUGCUCUGCAAGAGAGGAGCCAAGGUUGACCAUGUGGAUAAGAGCGGUCAAUGUGCUCUGGUCCAUGCUGCUCUGAGGGGCCACCCUGGCAUCAUCCAGUACCUCUUGGAGCUGGAGUGGACCCCCGAGGGCCAGCAGCAGAACUGCAGUCUGAAGAACAAGACCCUCCAGCAGGCUCUGAUCGCUGCCUCCAGCAUGGGACACACACAGGUUGUGAGAGGCUUGUUGGCGUUGAAUAACGAGCACGCUGUGCAAAUUGAUGGCCAAGACACUCUGUGGGGAGAAACCGCUCUGACGGUGUCGGCGGGCCGGGGGAAGAUGGACGUGUGUGGCUUCCUGCUGGAGCAGGGGGCUCUGGUGCAGCAGAUCAACCGCAGGGGGGUCUCACCUCUCUUCUGUGCUGUCAGACAAGGACACUGGCAGAUUGCAGAGCUGCUGCUGCAGCAUGGUGCUGACGUGAACAUCAGUGACAAACAGGGACGGACACUACUCAUGGUGGCGGCGUGCGAGGGCCACCUGAGCACGGCCGACUUUCUGCUGUCAAAGGGUGCGUUGUUGACAUCGAUGGACAAGGAAGGGUUAACGCCCCUGAGCUGGGCGUGUUUGAAAGGACAUAAGAACGUUGUGCAGUUUCUUGUGGAGAAGGGUGCGGUCAUAGACCACACGGACAAGAAUGGACGGACUCCACUGGACCUGGCCGCCUUCUACGGCGACGCGUCGAUCGUCCAUUACCUGGUGGAGAGAGGAGCAGUGAUAGAGCAUGUGGACUACAGUGGCAUGAGGCCGUUGGACCGGGCGAUUGGUUGUCGGAACACAUCGGUAGUGGUGACCCUGCUGAAGAAGGGGGCUAAACUGGGGUACAGAACGUCGCCUUAUGAUCGAUCAGGGAAUGCAGCCUGGGCUAUGGCCACAUCCAAGCCUGACAUCCUCAUCAUUCUCCUGCAGAAGCUUAUGGAGGAGGGCAACCUGCUUUACAAGAAGGGGAAGAUGAAAGAGGCAGCCCAGAGGUACCAGUAUGCUCUGAGGAAGUUCCCCAGAGAAGGGUUUGGCGAUGACCUGAAGGCCUUCAAAGAGCUGAGGGUGUCUCUGUACCUCAACCUCUCCCGCUGUCGCAGGAAAACCAAUGAUUUUGGCUUGGCAGAGGAGUUUGCGACAAAGGCCCUGGAGCUGAAACCCAAAUCGUACGAGGCCUAUUACGCCCGCGCUCGAGCCAAGAGGAGCAGCAGGCAGUUCACGGCAGCCAUGGCUGACCUGCACGAAGCGGCCAGGCUGUGUCCCAACAACCGUGAAAUCCGGCGGCUGCUGGCCCGUGUAGAGGAGGAGUGUAAGCAGAUGCAGCGCAGCACCACCCAGGGCAAACCGCAGGGGGCCACGUCCUCGUCAAACCAGGCCCCGGCCAACCACGACACAGAACACAAACACGAGGAAGGGGAGGAGGAGGAGAUGUCGGGGCAUAGCAUGGCCGUCAGAGGUCUGGAUGGACAGAACACUCUGGGGAUGAAUGACGUGGAAGGGGAGGGAACUUUUCCGUCUCAACACUCAGACAGGAGAGGAGAGAGAGGUGAGCCCUGGACACAGAACAUCUACUCCAUCAAUAGAACUCUGCCUGACACCCUCAGCCUCAUCACCCAGCAGCAGAGCACCAGGUCUUGCUCUCCCCCCUCUGGGCCCUCAGGCCCUGGCAGGCUGAGUCACCACCAUUACCCUCCCCGGGAGCCCAGAGAGCCUACCAAGCAGGCCCAGAUAGUCAAAACCAACCAGCACAUGAGCUCCCUGCAGGCAGGAGGCCGCUCCUCGGGGGCCAAGUCCCAGUACGCCCCCUCCAGCCCCCUGCCCAGCCGACACAUGUCCAGCAUGCUGAAGCCAGGGGGUCUGGGCAUAGACAUCAGCCCUCUACCGCCCCCUCCUGACGAGCCAGUCUACAGGGAGCAACGCCUGUCUAUGGCUGCUGCCUCCCAGAACAUGGCUAUGGGCCACCACUGCGAAAGGGACAGCGAAUCCCUGCACUCUGCCCGGGCCUCCUACUCCUCCCAGGACCGUCUGUCUGCCCACUCGGUGUCCUCCCUGGACGCUCAGACCUCAGGGUCUCCCCAGGACCCCCUCAAUGCUGCAGGGCCAGGCCAGGAGCGGAGGAAGGAGUGUGGGGGUAACGGGGUCUCCCAGGCACUCUCCCAGGGGGGAGACGGCAACAUCAAGGUGUCCAGCUCCACCAGCUCCCUAGCCUCCAGCAGUAGUCUGUCGGAGAGCAGCAAGCUGCAGGGCCCUGACGUACGCACCAAGACCACCACAGACAAGGCCAAGCAGGGCCAGGGAGGCACGAGCGAGUGGAAACCCAGGCCCUUCAUGGGCAUCAUGGACAAGAAGGCACGCUUUCUUCAGCAGCAGCAGCAAAUGCAGCGGGAAUUACUGCAGCAGGAACAACUGCAGCGAGAGCAACUGCAGCGAGAGCAACUGCAGCGGCAACAACUGCAGUGGCAACAACUGCAGCGGCAACAACUGCAGCAGCAACAACUGCAGCAGCAACAACACCAAGGGCUCCAGAACCACCCAGGCCUACAGCCCGCCACCGGAGCCCUCCGCAGCUGGCAGAGUCACUCCUCUGAGGGAUUAGUGUCCCACACCAUGUCUGCCAUGGGCCUCCAGGCAGCAGGGGUGAACUGUGAGCUACCUUAUGCCAAAAUAGGGAGCACUUACCACGAGCAGCUCAAAGCUCCAUCUCAGGGUGCUAUGGGGAGCCUGCAGAAUGGAAUGCACUCAAAGGAAUUUGCAGAGAAGUUGUGCCAAGCAUCCACCUGUUACAAGGAAUCCAAGCCAGCUCUGGCCAUGCCGUCGCACACUUUUGUGGACAGUAAGCCCAAGCAGCCAAGCUUAGUCCGAGAGAAUCCCGCCAUUCACGUAGCUUCAAUGAAACCAAAGCGAUCAUUCAUAGAGUCAAAUGUGUAGGAAUAUUUAUCUCCCCUCUCUCAACUCACAGACUCAUGUGCGUGCAUACACAAACAGCGAGAUACACACGCUGGCACGCACAUACAGACAACAUGUACACACCCACAAACACUUUACACACACACCUUUGCAAAAAUUCUAAGUGGAGAGAUAUAAUUUUUAUGGGCUGGUAAAAAAUUAAGCAAUGCAAGUUGAAACUUUGAAAGAAGUACGCAAACUAUGUUUGUUCCCCCUGUGAAUAUCCGCCACAUGGAGCGUUUUGAUUGAAGCAGUAACAGAACAGAUGUAUUUCUUUCCUACUAUUGCGUACAGCUGUUUGCUUCUGUUACAGGAUGACAUGUUCCCUCUUAUUCAGCAAAGCUGGAGACAUUGCAGUGACAGCACUUUACGCAUUUACAUAGGCCUUUAAGUAAAGUGCUUAUACAACAUAUUAUAUUACAGUAUAAUGUUAUUACUGAAUUGUUCAGUGUUAAGUAUAAGACAAUAUUUGCAUCCAAAAUGGCACCCUAUUCGCUAUAUACCGUAGUGGACUACUUUUAGUCGACCCUGGUCAAAGUAGUGCACUAUAUAGGGAAUAUGGUGCCAUUCUGGACACAUCCAAUGGGAUUUGAACUGUGUUCAUUAUGUCAAUGGUGCUGAUGACAGAAUUACGGAGCUAUUUAGAAGAGCUGUAAGGAUAUGUUUGAGAUGGGCAUUCCUGUGUUCUAAGAAGGAUGUUGUAGAUCCUCACAUUGUGUGUAUAUAUAAAUAUAUAUUUUUCCUUCUUUUGAGUGAAGAUCAAUGUCAGUGUAUUGACUUAUCUGUAUUUUGAGGUUUAUUUGAUGCACAAUUUGGUUCCAACUGUGUUCAAGGUUCUGAAAAAUGUAUUUGUUUAUAUGUUUGUACAUUCUAUAAAUUGCCCGAUAACGUUAACUAAAUCCUCUCUCUAUCUGCUUGUCGUUGCUGUCACGUUAAUUUAUUUAGUGUCUAUGGCUUGAUUCAUUGUAAAAAAAUAUAUUUUAUAUAGUUAUUUUUGCACAGCUACUAAGACAUUUUACAAGUUCAAUAAUAAUCUCUGUCAAAGUAAUAUUGGUUUAAGUGCAUGCCACAACUUCAAUUUAUAAUAAAGAGUUUCAAAAAUCAAUAUCUAUAAACAAAAAGGUUUGGGGGAGCAUGGUGCCAUUGACAAUAUUUUUAUAUGUAUGUAUGUUGAAAUGGUUGCCAUGUUUCCAGUAUUGUGAGCUGUGUUACCCAUAAUCACAUAGUGUAAUAGAAUAUUACUGCCAUUCCCAACAUAGGGAAAUAAAAUCCCACCGAGAAAACA